AAACAUAUCACUUUAAGCACCCUCCACCCACACCACCAAACCUGUGUGAGUGUGGAUCGCUGCAGAUCAGGGAAUUCCACAUUUUAUGCUCUUCCUGACAAGACCAGCUCGCCCAGAUGAGCUCUGUCCCCCCUCUGCUCUCUGUUAUAACUCCAUUACAAAGACUUAAUUAAGUUUCCAGCCAGUGCUCUGGUACUGUGGGCACCUCACCUCACAUCAACAUUGUGAUCCAUAUAGAGAGCAUAAACAUACAGCUGGCCCUUAAAGGAUGAAUUUGACUUCAGCACAAUCGAUUGUUGUUGUUUAGAUGUUAGCAGUUUCUUUGAGUGACCAACAGGGGGCGCUGCACGCUAAUUGAUAGGCAUAAAGAAUCGGAUAGGGAAUAUUUUUGUGCUUGAUGUGACUUUUCGCUCUCUGUGAGAAAAGGAUUUGUUUUUUUAAUGAUGUUCUACUUUGCCUUUUUACCCUUCACAUUUCUCAUCAGUCGCCACAGAUCUUUGGAUUUGCCCAAUGAUUUACACUCUGUCCUCAUGAAGCUCACCUGGUAAAGAUGAAAGGAUUUCAGUUGCAAAUAAUUGGCAAACUAUGACCUUCGUUCAGUGUCAAUCAAUACACAAACGACCACUAGUAUGCUGGUGAGCACACAUAAGUCAUAUUUUAAAAAAGUUAUUAGUUUCCUCUAAAAGUAGGUUAUUUAUUCAGUACUUGGAGUAAAUUGACCCUUCAUUUCAGCGUGGAUAUUAGGAAGUUAGUUUUAACUAAAGGUGGGUACACAGAAUUUAUAACUGUUUUUACCUUUCAUGUUCCUGUUAGGACAUGCCAAACCUCCCCUGGACACACCACUUACAGCACCAUGUCAAAGAUAUAUCCAUAUCUACCUUUGACCACUCAGUCACUUUGAGUUUUACAUGUUGAUGGAGAGCAGAUGUCUGUAAAUAUGACAUCUAAAGCAGAAAAAAAGCAAAAGCUCAUAAUUAUCUAUGUGCUUAGUAAAGUUUAAAAAAGUUUCUUGACCAUGCCUGUUUAGUUUCGUUUGUGUUUGUUGGGGCGGGAGGAGGAGAGGUGGGGUGUGCGUAAAGUGUGCGCCUUGUUUGGAGUCAUAUUACGCACAGGCAUGGAGAGCAGCGCCUGGGAGGGACGUUUUUAUAUGUGGAAAAAGGAAUAGCCGUCUCUCUCUCUCUCUCUCUCUCUCUCUCUCUCUCUCUCUCUCUCUCUCUCUCUCUCUCUCUCUCUCUCUCUUUAUCUCUCUCUCUCUAUUCGGGGUGUUUUUGGGGGGCGCUUGCGGAGAGAGAGAGAGCGAGAGAGACACCUGCACUCUCUGACUUCGCCUUACUUCACAGAGCAAACAGGCGAGCCUCGAGUAUUUAAGCUGUAGCCUGCACUUAUAUCGCUGGAGUCUCCAUAAGUUGUAAUAAUGUUAGGCAGCGGCAAGUCAGCGACCACCAGUCCCAGACAGCAGAAGAGGAAAGGGGCCGAUAAGACGAUGGACUCCGUCAAGAGGCUCGGGCUGCUGGACAAUGAGGACAUACAUGUGAUGAUGAAGGGCUCCAACAUGGUGAAAAUUCGCUCUCCGAGGUGGCAAAAGAACCGAACCCUGCGGCUGCUGGAGGACGGACUCACCGUGUGGUGUGAGUCCACCAAAAGCUCCCGAAAGGCCAAAGCCCAGCAGACAUUCGCGGUGACAGAGGUGGAGUGCGUGCGUGAAGGCUGUCAGUCCGAAGCGCUGAAGCGGCUGUCCGGGACGGUGCCCGAGAACCAGUGCUUCACGGUGGUUUUCAGAGGAGCCAGGAAGAGCCUGGACCUGCUGUGCCCCUGUGAGGAUGUAGCACGGCGCUGGGUACGAGGGCUCCGCACCUUGAAGGAGCGCGUGGCCAACAUGACUCAGACGGAAAAACUAGACCAUUGGAUCCGUGGCUAUCUGCGGCGAGCGGAUCAGAACCAGGAUGGCAAGAUGUGCUACGAUGAAGUCAAGCAUCUGCUACGGAUGAUCAACAUUGACUUGAGUGAGCAUUAUGCCCGCUCUUUAUUCAAGAGGUGUGAUCGAUCUGGUGAUGGUCGUCUGGAUCACAUAGAGAUUGAGGAGUUCUGCAGAGAGCUGAUGCGACGGCCCGAGCUGGACGCUGUGUUCAGACACUAUUCAAGUAAUGGUUGUGUGCUCUCCACUGCUGAGCUCCGCGACUUCCUGGGAGACCAGGGAGAGGACGCUUCGUUGAAUCAUGCUCAGAGCCUCAUACUCACCUAUGAGCUAAAUGACUGGGCUCAGAAGAAUCUGUUUAUGACCCAGAAUGGUUUCGCCAUGUACAUGCUGUCCUGCGAGAAUGAUUUGGUAAACCCUGACCAUAAAAGAGUCUACCAGGACAUGAGCCGCCCCUUGGCCCACUACUUCAUCUCCUCCUCGCACAACACCUACCUAACCAAGGACCAAGUCACCAGCGCCAGCAGCACCGAGCCAUACAUCAGGGCUCUGAAUCAGGGCUGUCGCUGUGUGGAGCUGGACUGCUGGGAUGGAGAUAAAGGCGAACCUGUCAUAUACCACGGCCACACUCUCACCUCCAAAGUGCUGUUCAAGGAGGUCAUUGAAACCAUCAACCAGUACGCCUUCAAGGCGUCCCCAUACCCUCUAAUCCUGUCCCUGGAGAACCACUGUUCUGUAGAGCAGCAGGCUGUCAUGGCCAAACACCUCCGCACCAUCCUGGGAAGCAAACUGCUCACCAAGCCCCUCAGUGGCCAGCUACAGAAGAAUCUGCCUUCUCCUGAGGAGCUAAAGGGGUGUAUUCUAGUAAAAGGAAAGAAACAUAUUCCUCACCUGGGCCAGCUGGGCAGGACCAGCAGCUUUGCCAGCUCUUCAGGCUCAGAUGAUGAACAAGCAAGCAGCAUUAAGAACACACCCAAGAGGGUCCCUGCAAAGGUCUGUCCUAAACUGAGCCCAGAGCUAUCAGAGCUGGUGGUGUACUGCAGGAGUGUCCCGUUCAGCGGGUUUGAAAACACAUCUGAAAAACUACCAAAUGAAAUGUCCUCCUUCUCUGAAAGUGACGCCCUCAGGCUCAUCAAAGACUCUGGAAAGCUUUUUGUAAGACACAACAGCAGGCAGCUGAGCCGGAUCUACCCCUCUGGCCAGCGCCUCCAAUCAUCCAACUAUGAUCCUCAGGAUAUGUGGAACGGUGGCUGCCAGAUGGUGGCUCUGAACUUUCAGACGUCCGGGGAGCAGAUGGACCUGAACCAGGGUCGCUUCCUACCCAACGGUCACUGUGGAUACGUACUGAAACCCAGCUUCCUGUGCAGUGCCACGUCCAACUUUAACCCAGAGAACACGGGAGGAGGCCCCGGUCAUAUUCCCACCCAGCUGACUAUACGAGUAAUAUCUGCACAGCAGCUGCCAAAAAUCAACACAGAAAAGGCUAGCUCCAUUGUGGACCCACAGGUGUGGGUGGAAAUUCAUGGGGUGGCUAUUGAUAACGCAAAAAACAAAACCCACCGCAUUGACAACAAUGGUUUCAACCCACAGUGGAACUGCACUCUGAGCUUCCCACUGCAGGUCCCUGAACUGGCCUUGGUGCGGUUUGUAGUGGAGGACCACGAUCACACUUCAAAAAAUGGCUUUGUGGGACAGUUCACUUUACCUUUCAUAAGUCUACGCACAGGUUAUCGACAUGUUCACUUACUGAAGGCGGAUGGUUCCAGUCUGUCCCCUGCCACACUCUUUAUCCAUGUCAAAGUUACACGCAAAGGAGUUCCCAUCAAAACUGUGUCAGCGUAUAGCCAUUGCUAAAGGCAAGGAAUGACAUGCAUCUGAACCAGAUGGAGAGCUGCAUUCUUCUAACAACAAAGGUCUUUGGAAAAGGAGCUGUGAUAUGAAGAGAGAGAGCAACUGCUGCUGUUGCUGCUGCUGCUGCUUCCCGCCAGUUUCCCAGUCCAGACCUCAAUUCGUCCAAUUUACACUGAGCCACUUCCCCAAUGCAAGAUGUCGUUUAUCAGAGAUGAAGAAGCGCGUUGGCUCUCAGCAAAUGAAUUGCCUCGGGCUGGAUAAUGAAUCCAUGAUACACUGUGGGAGUAUCUGGUCUUGUCAGCGCUGAGUGCUCUAGAAACAGCAGUGAGGCACUGACGACUGUGGUUCAUGAAACACCCUGAUAUGUGACGCUGUACAAAACAGUUCUUAAUGUUAAUUCAAAUGUGUAGGAGGUUAUUCCAUAUCUGAAUGAAGUUAUGUUAUCUUACACUUUUGCAUUUUUUAUACUAAAGUAUUUGGUUUUAACUUACAGAAAGAUGGUAGUUUCACUCAAAUAGCACUUACUUGACUGCCACAUAAGUGUUAAUAAUUAGAUGAAAUCAUGAAAAGCUGUUUUGUUACAGCUAAAAUUUGAAAAAAAUAUAAAUAUUACUGCAAAUUAAUGUUUCAGCACUAACUGUGAUGUAAUACAGAUGUAAUACUGUUUCAGUGGUUGCCACGGGAUGUAUUGUUCACAACGGUUGAACAAAUUCUCAGAGUUUAAUUCAGCAAGUCUUACUUGAAACUCCAGAUACUCUUUGGCACUUUCAAUGUCUCUUAAGAGAAAGACUUUCUUUUGAGAUUUCCACAAUGUGUGAAUGAACUUGAAAUAUAAACAGUAUUAUGUUGCAGAUAGAUCUUAAAAAUGUAACUUAUUGUAUUUGCAUCAGCAUCAUUUCACAUAAUGAGUUUAUUCAGUCAAAUUGUGUUUGACUUUUGAGGAUAACUUUUGCAUGUUUGUUUGUUUCUUUUCUAUUGACAAGCCUGUAACAUUUCUUCGUUGUUGCCAAAAUCCAGUUAACCAAUUGGUGGUUAAACACUAAUUGCAAUAAUUUAAUCCAACCACCAUUUAUUGUAGUGUACAGUGGAUCAUUUAAUACUUUUAUAAGGAUGUUCCCUGCUAAUAAAAUGGUGCAGUAAUGACAGGUGCUGCAUAUAGAUUACUGUAAUUACAGUGUCUAUGAUCAGGAUGAGAUUCUAGCAUGUAACUAACCAAUGGUGAGUGAAGUAUAACCUUGCAGUGUUAAUGUUUAUAGCCUUUGUACUGUGAAUGGCUGUUGGUAUUAUGUGUGCAAGAGAAAAUACUGUUUUCAUAAAAGAACUAAUAACACAUCACUGUGUGAGACCUUCUGUUGUUUUUACAGAGAGAUCAAUAUAAAGGCAUACACCCAUGUUUGGUUUGCAUCUAACUGUUCUUUAAGUACUGAGCAGCUAAGCUCACUGCAAGUUGUUAAGCUGCAGGAGAUCUAGAGGGCUGAUGAACUGCAUGUGGGCCAAGGCUGAGCCAAAACCAUGCAGGAGGCUAUUUGUAAUUAGGCUGGGUUUUUUUUAAUUAGUUAAACUAAUGGCUUUAUUAACGGCUUGUAAAUAACUGACUAAUUCUUUAUAGAUCAGUCGUAAGCCAUUAAUAGGAACAAAUUUGGGAUUUACAGGUUCUUAAAAAUCCUACUGGCUUGUGUGUUUAUCCUUUCUACUGGGUAAUAAUGCCAUAAAUGUUUUAUAAAUAAAUGUUAGUAGCCCAUUGAUAAGUGUUCAUGGAUUUAUCGCCUUCUAAUUAGCCAUCAGUUGUGUAGGUAUAAGUGCUAGUAAAUAGAUUGGAUUUUGGUGCAGAUCCUCUGUAACCCAUUUCCAGAAGAUAAGUGGUAAAACUGUCCAACCACUCAAAGGUAUUUUUCACAACCUGCCAACCAACCUGGUCAUGAUAUUCAAUAGUUUUCUUAUUGUCAGAAAAUUGCAUGAAAACACCAAAACCAACAAUGAAUUGAUUGAGGUUGUCUGUGUAUCCUAAGCCUGAUAAAGCUUAUUCCUCUCUGCUGUAGACCUCCAUGUUGUCCAAAAACAAUUAAAACACAUCAAGGAGCUAC